AUGAAGACCGCCAUCGUCGCUUCUGCCCUUGCCCUUGCCUCGACCUCGAUGGCCCGCAAGGUCACCGUCACGAACUCCUGCUCUUACACCAUCUGGCCCGGCCUAUACACCGGCUCUGGUGACAAGCCCACCCAGUUGACGGGCUGGCAGGCCGACCCCGGCAACACCGUCACCUUCGACGUACCCGAUAACUGGACCGCCGGUCGCAUCUGGGGUCGUCGCGAGUGCGACUUUAGCACCAAACCAGGCCCCAACUCCUGUGUUGACGGGGGCUGCAAUGGCGGCCUCGAGUGCACCGACCCCGGUGUCCCGCCCGCCACCCUCGCGGAGUUCACGCUGAAUGCCAACAACAAUGACUAUUACGAUGUAUCCCUCGUCGACGGCUUCAACAUUCCCAUGGCCAUCACCAACACUGGCAGCUGCAGUGUCGCCUCCUGCCCCGCUGACCUCAAUGCUAACUGCCCCGACGACAUCAAGGGCCCCAAAGACUCGCAGGGCAACGUCGUCGGCUACAACUCGGCCUGCAAUGCCAACCUCGACGGCAACCCACAGGACUCGGCCAACUGCUGCUCCGGCUCGCACAACACCGCAGACACGUGUCCCUCAUCUGGCGUUGCACACUACAACUACUUCAAAUCCAACUGCCCGAACUUGUAUGUGUAUGCCUACAACAAGUCCUCCGGCACCGCUCUCUGGAUGUGCGCGUACAACUCGGCGACCGACUACACCAUCACCUUCUGCCCUUCCUCGUAA